AUGGGUGUCGAUAUUUUAGGUUUUGCUUAUGCUGCAACUGUCGCCGCAGGAGGAAUAAUGGGUUAUGCUAAAGCAGGCUCCAUACCUUCACUAGGGGCAGGAAUUAUUUUUGGUUCAAUAUUAGGUGUAGGUGCCUACCAACUAAGUCAAGAUCCUUCAAACUACACAAUUAUGUUAGGGACAACAACAACUCUUGGAGGUCUUAUGGGCUACAGGUUUUACAACAGUAGAAAGUUUAUGCCGGCUGGCCUUGUUUUUUGCCUGUCAGUUGGCAUGCUUGCAAAACUGUUGGUGCAUAAUGUUGGUGCCAGAACAUCACCUGUGAAGGCGGGU